CUGCGAUCCAUCUGCCUUGCACUCACCAAACUUCAUCCCGCACCCUUGCUCAUUCAAUACCAUGAAGCUGACAGCUGUCCUCUGCACCGCCGUUGCUCUCGCCGGCCUGACUUGCGCCGCGCCCACCGGCAACCCCGGCUCGCCUGCUCAGUUCAAUUGCAUGGCUGAUGUCCUCGCCCAUAACUACCUGCACAAGCGCAGCGGCAGCUGGAGCUACGAAGGCAAGACCGGCCCUGCCCACUGGGCCGAGCUCGACCCCUCGUUCGCCAAAUGCGCCCAGGGCCAGAACCAGUCCCCCAUCAACCUCGAGGAUGAGCACCUCCUCUCCCAUCAGGGACCUUCCAUCAGCUGGUGCAAGUCCGUUCAAAAGGCCACCUUUGUCAACAACGGCCAUACCGUCCAGGUCAACAUCCCGGCCAGCAGCGCCUCGGCUCUGACCGUCGGCAACCAGACCUACACCCUCAAGCAGUUCCACUUCCACUCGCCUUCCGAGCACCACAAGCAUGAGAAAUAUUACCCCCUCGAGGCCCACUUUGUCCAUGCCACUUCCGAUCAGCCUCCCAAGCUCGCUGUUGUUGGCGUCUUCUUCGAGCUCAGCAAUUGGCCCAACAUGUUCCUUGCCCAGCUGGUCGAUUACAUCCCUGGCAAGACCAACCAGACUCGCGAGAUCCCCGAGCUCAAGCUGGACUGGCUCAGCCGGCACAUCCAAGGCGAUCAGUUUUGGCAGUACUCUGGCUCGCUCACAACUCCCCCCUGCUCCGAGGGGGUCUCUUGGAACGUCGUUGACUCGCCCCUCACCAUCUCCAUGGCUCAACUCAAGGCUUUCACCAAGGCCAUGCCUUACAACUCUCGCUUCACGCUGUAAACGACCCUGUCGGCGCCCGUCAGGCACCUGACUCGGUCUCCUCUGUAGCAUCGAGCUCCUCUAUUGAAUGCAUCCGGUUAUCCCUGGGAGGCCAGCGUGCAGGUCCAUAGCGUUCCCAAAACGAAAUGGGACAGCCCGUUUUGAGCCAGGACAGCUAUUUUGUUCUGGAACCUGAAUACACACACCCGCUCAUUGCAAUCAUGGCCAAACACAGCACCCUCGACUUCCGCAUCGCGAGGAAAGGCAUGGAAUAUCGAUUCACA